CUCAUAUACCGGUCUUCGCGACAAUAACUAUGGACUUUCUUUCGAUAGACUCCUGCGUUUAACAAACGUAUGGCCACAAUGUGUCCUCCCUGCUGUCAAGAACACCCACACCUUAUGAUUCAGGUUACGCCAGCGCGCCCGAUGACCCUUUCGAGAGCUUUUGCAAGUCUCAGUCCUCUCAGCUGCAAUCGUUUGCGCACUCCGGUAUUCCAGGUUCCGAGCACGAACCUACGUCCACGUUCCAAACCAACAUACCGUGGAAACGGCCUUCGAGACCUCAGUUGUGUCGUACGCAACCUAUCUCGACUCAUCUGUACAACUCCCAACAUCCCACCGUCCAGGAGAACAUCGGCAUGUCAGUUGAUGCGGGUAUCAAUAGUAUGACUGGCUACUGCGACAUCGACUCUCUACUCGCUGCUGCAUACAAUAACACUUGCACGACACAGACCAGGCGCUUCCAGUUUUUCGCAUCUCAACACCUCACGCCCUCUCAAUUAUCGACUCAGCCACUUCCUUUUCACGAACUAGCAAGUCCAGAAGUCGAUGACUCUCCUGAGUUCAUGGAAGAGACUUCCGAACCUGCAAACAGAGCCAACAAAGGACGACGGCGUGGACGUACAACCCACAUGGGGGUAGAGCAACGCUACCGUGAUAACAUCGUCUCUGCCUUCCAAAAACUUGCUAGCACGAUUCCGUAUAUCCAGACGACUCAGCCGGCUCGGGUGGGUCAGAUCCCUAAGCCUAGCAAGGCGGAGAUCCUACUUAGUGCGAGUGAGUACAUUCGACAGCUGGAAAGGGAGAUCGAGCAAUUGAGGCUGACACUUAUCUGCAAUGGGAGUCCGAUGAGCGAAUACGCAAUGGAAUAAUAUUUAUGAAAGAGAGCUUAGCAUAAGUACUCACAAAGCUUAAAAAAGGAACAUAUGUCGAAGCGUCAGGCAGUCACCGUAUGAUACACGGAUGAGAUAGAUGUUUUGAACAAGUUCGGUAGCGAGCGAUAGCAGACAACGUUCAAUGAUCUCAGUCUACACAUAAAAGCUGGCCUUCGUAUCGGUGCCCUGCACUGCCGGUUUCCCCAGUCACACUUCACCUGGGCACAUCAAGAUUUGUGAGGGCGCAAUAGAUCAUGCGCAUCUGUGACACUCCGGU